AUGGUACAAGCAAGGGAUGUUGAAGAUGCCGCAGCCAGGCAGAAGCAGAUUGAUGAUUGGCUUCCCAUCACUUCUGCUAGGAAUGCCAAAUGGUGGUACUCUGCUUUCCACAAUGUCACUGCCAUGGUGGGGGCUGGUGUCCUCAGCCUUCCUUAUGCCAUGUCAGAACUUGGAUGGGGUCCUGGUGUGGCUAUUAUGAUUCUGUCAUGGAUCGUCACCCUAUACACACUGUGGCAAAUGGUUGAGAUGCAUGAAAUGGUGCCCGGGAAGCGGUUUGAUAGGUACCAUGAGCUGGGGCAGCAUGCCUUUGGAGAGAAGCUGGGGCUGUGGAUUGUGGUACCCCAACAGCUAGUUGUGGAAGUUGGUGUCAACAUAGUGUAUAUGGUCACAGGAGGAAAAUCACUGGAGAAGUUCCAUGAUGUGAUUUGUCCAAGUUGCAAAACAAUCAGGACCUCCUACUGGAUUAUGAUUUUUGCUUCUUCCCACUUUGUUCUCUCCCAUCUCCCCAACUUCAACGCCAUCUCUGGUAUCUCACUGGCUGCAGCAGUCAUGUCCUUGAGUUACUCAACAAUUGCAUGGGGUGCUGCUUUACACAAGGGGGUUGAACCAAACGUGGACUACAGCUACAAAGCUAAAACCAAUUCUGGAGCUGUCUUUAACUUCUUCAGUGGGUUGGGAGACGUAGCAUUUGCCUACGCUGGUCACAAUGUGGUUUUGGAGAUCCAAGCAACCAUUCCCUCUACCCCGGAGAAGCCUUCCAAGGGUCCCAUGUGGAAAGGAGUGAUUGUGGCAUACAUUGUGGUGGCUUUGUGCUACUUCCCUGUUUGUUUUGUUGGCUACUGGGUUUACGGAAACAAAAUUGAAGACAACAUCCUCAUCUCAUUAGAUAAACCCGUUUGGCUAAUUGCAACUGCUAACAUGUUUGUUGUGGUCCAUGUCAUUGGAAGCUACCAAGUGUUUGCAAUGGGAGUGUUUGACAUGGUUGAAACUUUUCUGGUCAAGAAGAUGAACUUCACGCCUUCUUUCGCCCUUCGAUUUGUUACUCGCACUACAUACGUUGCAUUUACCAUGAUCGUUGGUAUAGCCAUCCCUUUCUUCAGUGGCCUUCUGGGAUUCUUUGGGGGAUUUGCUUUCGCCCCAACCACAUAUUUCCUUCCCUGCAUCAUGUGGCUUUCCAUCUACAAACCGAAACGAUUCAGUCUAUCUUGGUGCAUAAACUGGCACCCAUUGGAGCCCUAA